AUGUCGUUUCGCAUCAAGAUACCCAAAUCAGGCUUGGUGAAUUCGUCUCAGGUCGUCGAGCGCCCGGGGUCGUCCAAGCCUUCCAAACGUCGUAUAGAGUCGGACGACGAACAACGUUCGGAGGAUGAAAUAGGAGACUAUUCUGUGCCACGUAGGUGGAAGAGGCCGAAGAUAGUGGAGAGUAGCCAGGCAAGCGCAGAAGUCAUGGUCGAUUCGGACGAGGGUGAGUCAGAGAUCGAUGUCGAGGACGACGAAGACGUCGACAUUGACGAUGGCGAGAAGGAUCGACCUUCCCCUCGUGCAGCUAUAUCCCCUUCCCCUUCUCCCUCGCCUCCUCCUCUAGUCAGGCUGCCGAAACGAACACCACAGCCGCCUGCCAAAGUCAAGGCAGCACGACCGGCUGCUUCGUCCUCCAGCAAGUCGAGUAAGAAGGUGAAGCGCACGGUGGUAUGGACCGACGACGAAGAUGAGGAGCAGGAGGAUCCGCUGGGCCUGCUCGCGGUGGACCCCGAUGAUGAUGAUUUCACUCCAGAGCCUGCGCCGCCCUCGCUGAAGAGAGCCGCUGUUACGACGAAAAGUAAGGGCAGAAAACUUAUCCAAGCCUCCAAGCGAUCACGGGCGAAACACAAGGAAGAAGGGAAGGUCACCCAUAUCCGGAAUGAGCGCAAGCUCCCUCACCCCGCUUCUCGUGGCACAUCCAGAGAAAAGUAUUCGGGUCCUCCUAUUAGUACCAAACGAUCCCUACCCAAGGAAGAGGCCGUGAAGGUUACGCCUCCUGCCAUAACACCAUCUGUACCUGCGCCGGCGGCGGAAGAGCACGAUAAGUCUCCUUCGAAGGUAGAGGAUCCGACGCAGCCGGUAUUUAAGAAGCGGAAGCUGCCUACGAUCAAGAAGAACAAAACCGGUACUGUCUCUACAACGCCAGCAUUUUCAAAGCGUUUACCAUCGGUUGAAAACAAGGAGUCCGAUGUCACCACCAAACACCCAAAUUCUCAUCUUCUUGGGCUGGCCGAUGUUGCUGCGAGGAAGCCAGCCGCUAGCCUCGGCAGAGCCGACUUCGACCUCCGAGAUGCCAGUGUUUAUGCGCAGCUAUUCACGAAGCCCGGGAGCUCCACGCCUGAUUCAGGCUUGAACCGUAAGGAAAAGGAAGAACAGCGGAGAAGCGAGCUGAAUAAGAUGCGCGAGGAAGCUCGUGCAAAACGGGCUGAACAGGCUAACCAUGCCUUCGAUUUACAAGCCGCGCACGACAAGAUCUUGUGUUUCGAGGAAAAGCUGCGCAGUCGCAAAUCCAUCUCAGUCUAUCCAAACGUACUCGGUGCAUAUUUCAAGGAAAAAGCGGACAAUGUGCAUAUGCGUUGA